AUGUCUAGGUUACAUCAUAAAUCGAUUCUUGAAACAUAUGGUUUAAGAUUGAAUGAAAAUUCAUCAUCGAAUCGUGAUCAAUAUUCAAAUAAUGAUAAACGUUAUCCACCUUUACGAGAACGUCCACGUUCAAUUCGAUUAAAACCACAAGAAUAUCUUCUUUUUAUUGUUGCAAUUUUAGUUAUAUCAGCUCUAGUCAUCUAUAAUCUUUUUAGAUUCUAUUUUGAUUAA